AGCCUGUGUUGACGAAAGGAGUCAGAGAUAAAGGCCGAAAAUGUUGUGACAGACUCCUGACCUGCAAACCUCACUGGUCAGACAGAGGGGAGGUCUUGGCUCAGGCGUUGCUUUACCUGCUCUCACAGCUUUCUAAGCUUUCAACAUACAGCUGGAAAGAUGUCGUCCCUCUCUGUGCUGCCACCAAAAUGUUUGCGGGAACCGUUGGUGGUUCCUCAUCGCCACAUGUUUGGACCAGGACCUUCAAAUGUCCCUCCACGAAUCCUGGAGGCAGGGGCUAAUCCUGUCAUUGGACACAUGCAUCCAGAAAUAUUUGAGGUAACUCAGCCUCCUACACAGAGCUCAGUAUAGAGAGUAUUCAAUUUUAUGUGUAGAACCAAGUUAAACUUGAGCAAUAUUUGGAGAUCUAUCAAAGCAAUGCAAUGAUAUAAACUGCCUGCAUUAACAGAGGUUUAUUGUUAUAUUCAAGCUCCAAUUCCAAUGAAGUUGGGAUGUUGUGAUUUUAAUGAAAUUCAAUUAUUUUCACCCCCCCCCCCCCCCCCCCCAAUAUUCAAUUAAAUACACUUCAAAGACAAGAUAUUUAAUGCUCAAAAUUAUAGAUGUGAUUGUUUUUGCAAAUAUUCAUUCAUAUUGAAUUGAUGUCUGUUACAUGUUCCUAAAAAGUUUGGACAGAGCCAUGUUUGUCUCUGUGUUUCAUCAUCUUUCCUUUGAACAACAGUCAAUCAGUAUUAGUAAACUAAUGACACUGACUGUAGAAACUUUGGAGGUGAACUCUUUCCCACACUUGAUCAGUGGACCACUUCAGACUCUCAACAGUCCGGGGUCUCUGUUGGGGUAAUUUGUGCUUCAUAAUGCUCCUCUCAAUUAUAGUGGGAGACAGAUCUUGACUGUAAGCAGACCAGUCUAGUCAAGUACCCUCACUCUUUUACUCUGAAGCUACGCUAUUGUCACAUGUACAGAAUGUGUCUUGUUAUUGUCUCGCUGAAAUAAACAGGAACGUCUCUGAAAAAGAUGCGUCUCUGAGGGCAGCAGAUGUUGCUCCUAAACCUGUAUGUACCUUUAAACAUUAAUGGAGCCUUCACAGAUGAGACCGUUAGCCAUGGACACUAACACACCCCCAGACCAUCACAGAUGCUGCCUUUGAACUUUGACCUGAGAACAGUCUGGAUAGUCCUUUACUGUUUAGCUCAGAGUAGACCUGGUCCAUGAUUUUGUUGUUUUAAUGCAGUACUGCCUGAGGGGUCAAAGGUCAUGGUCAUUCGGUGUUGGUUUUUGGGCCCUGCUGCUUGCAUGCAGAGAUUUUUUUGGACUCUGAAUCUUUUGAUGACAUUACAGACUGUAUAUGAUGAUGUGAACAACUGAGCAUUUCGGGGAUGUGCCUUUUAUAUCCAAUCAUGGCACUCUACUGUUACCAAUGAACCUGCCUUUUGUUGACCCUGAACCAACUUUUUUGAGAUGUGCAAGAAAUACAAUCAAGUUUAUCAAUUUGAGUCUAUAUAAGUAUUGAGUCUUUGUAGUGUAAUCAACUGAAUAAAGGUGCAAAUGAACACAACAUCCCAACUUCAUUGGAAUUAGGGUUUGUUGAAACAAAACCUCAUCCUUGAGCUCCCCUAUAAGUGUGCAGGUUAACAGUGUUGCAGCUACCCUGUUAGGACCACUCUCAGUUGGGUACAAAGCAGUGUAGAUAUUUUAAUGUUUGCUCAUUUUAUGUUGCAGAUAAUGAAAGACAUAAAAAGUGGAGUCCAGUACAUGUUCCAGACUAAGAACAACAUGACUUUAGCUGUGAGCGGCACUGGACACACUGCCAUGGAGUGUGCUAUCUUUAACUCAGUGGAAGCUGGGGAGAGUGUGCUGUCUGCAGUCAAUGGCAUAUGGGGAGAAAGAGCCGCAGAAAUGGCUGAAAGGAUAGGUAAGACAGUUGGAAGUCUUUUUCCUAACACAAUCAGCUUUGGUUUGGGGCAGAAUCAGUCAUCUCCUAAUGGGGAGAUUGGCAGUACAAUCCCAGCUAAAGUGAACUGAAAUUGCUCCCAGUGACAUAAUCAGCAGUGUGUGAAUACAAAUGAAUAAGAUUGGCUGAUACUGAUAAACCCUGGCUAAGGCAGCCUCUGCCAUCAGUGUGGGAAUAGUGUGAAUGGGUGAAUGUGAUGAGUGGUGAAAAAUCACACCAAGACCAGACAAGGACUGUAUAAGCAUAAGUCUGUUUAGCUUUGAGAAACUCCAAAAACAUAUACACCAGCAGAGUUUUAAUGAUCUUUUACUUCCCCUUUCUGCACCACUCCAGGCUGAUUGAUUUCUACAAAGGCUGAAUAACAAAUCACACAUUUACAGUUUCUCUUGUGCAAAGACUAGACACGAUAUAAAACAUAAAAUAGUCUCAUAGGUGUCACACAUUAUUUAAAAGGUGCAAUAAUGGUGUUUGUCAGAUGCUAACUCAGCCUUAGAGGUGCAGGCAGGCCUUUAGUUUCCUUGCUAACAGCUGCAAUGUACCAGCUUGUCCAUCAAGUUAGCCAUGACAAUAACUAUUCUUCAUCAUGCAAAAUCUCUUAACUGUGAUGUCUACCAAACAAAUAAAUCAUUAAAACAUCACCCCAUGACUGGACAAAUGCUAACCAAGCCAAAACAGUUUGUUUUGUAUCUGGCUGAGAACACACUAUGGGGCCCUUCAAGUCCCGUUGAGUAAAAUCCUUGAUAUUGUGCUAUCAAGAUAUAAAAAUCUGAGCACGCAAUAAUCUAAUCUUGCAGUAAUCAGCAUAAUCCAUUUUAUGCAACUUAUUUUCCUUUGCAUACAAAUUCUAAUUUGACAACAAGUAAAUCCUCUUGUUCAUGUAAUAAAACUGUGUGUCGUAGUUAUUGACAAUCCUGAUUUGAACAGUGGUAAACCAUGCUUCAAUUGGGGACAGGAGAUACAAAAUUGUAAAUCUUACAGCACAGAUCCUUCUUACAACAGGAGGGGCACAUCUUCAUAGGAUUUAUAUAAAAUCUUGCAAGUGAUGCUACUCUUAUCCUGUAAAAUUGUACUAAGGGUCUCCACCACUUCAAUCUGACAGGUGCCAGAGUGAAUACAAUUGCUGUACCUCCUGGUGGUUUCUUCUCAAAUGCAGAAAUUGAGCAGGUAUGACCAUCAGUAGGAUUAUUAUAUGCCUCUUAUUCCAGUCAAAGCUGACAUCUGUGUGGUGAUGCUGUUUAUCAUUACAGGCUUUAGCAAAACACAGACCGGCUGUUUUCUUUCUUGCCCACGGAGAGUCUUCCACAGGAGUCCUGCAUCCUUUAGACGGGAUUGGACAGCUGUGUCAAAAGUAAGAUUCAACUUUCACACAAAUUAAAUCAGAUUUGCUACAAAAACAUUUGCAUCAAAUGGCUAAAUUAGAUCUGUCCCUACAGGUAUAACUGCUUGUUUCUUGUUGACUCUGUUGCAUCAAUUGGUGGUGCUCCUCUCUUCAUGGACAAACAAGGUUCAGUAUUCAAACUUGAUUACUAAUGAAGCCAUUUAAUGUGUUAUAAAGAUUCAAAGUUUAUAUAAAAAAUAUUGAUAUUUGUGAUUGCAGAGAUUGACAUCCUGUACACAGGCUCCCAAAAAGUUCUAAAUGCUCCUCCAGGUACAGCCCCCAUCUCGUUCAGUGAAAGAGCAUGGUGAGAGAAACACAUUCAGGUCAUAGAUUUUAAAAUCUACAGAUAUUUAAGGGUUGACUCUUUCACAGCCAGAAAAUAUUUAACCGGAGGACAAAGCCUGUGUCGUUCUUUUUGGAUUUGAGUUGGCUUGCAAACUACUGGGGAUGUGAUGGCAAACCCUCAAGAGUGUAAGACAAAUCUUUAUUAAAAACUACGCUUUGAUCUUUAGAUCAAUUUCUAAAUAGUCUGUGUUCUUUUCAUCCCGUUUUCAUAGAUAUCACCACACAGGUCCUGUCACUGCUUUUUACUCACUGAGGGAGAGUCUGGCUGUUCUUGUUGAAGAGGUACAAUAUGUGUUCAAAUGAAAAAUCAUGAUUUUGUUUCUCUCAGAGUUUCAGUAACUCUGGGUAGACAGCCAACAAGCAUAACAUACUUUAAAAAAGGAGCAAUAUUGCUUAGCAGUAAAACUGCAACCCCAAUACACAGAGACUUUAGUCCUCUAAGCAAGACGCUUGAGUUUGACUCUUUUCUCCCAACCAGCAGUUUCCCAGAAAUCACUAAAAUUAAAAAAUGCAUUUGUCACUAGUUUGUACCAUCUGUGCCACUGUAAAAACAUGGCUGUCCAAAAUGGCAGCCUCCAUGGAAGGGGACCUGCUCUUUACAAAAUAAAAAGAAGCUCAUACUGAGAAAACAAACAUAGAGCAGUUUUUAUUUUCAAUGGAUUUUACACCAAUUCAAAAAAGGCUUAGGAACCUAAUAUUCAAUUUCUGCUGAGUGUGUCAUGCUAAAUGUUGCUAAAUAUUACUCUCUGCACCUGUAAAAGCAUCCUUUUCUUAUGUUUCACAUUCAAGAUCCAGAGGCUAGGUCAACUGUUUAUUUUCAGUCUUAGUGUCAAAAACAAAAAAUUGAGACUAUUUUUAUUUUUUUGUAUUAGGAUAUCCUUUAUGUUGGUAAAGUGUAAGUGUUGCACGACACUUAAAUAUGUCCUUUGCCUUAAUUGGUAAAGUUAAGUCUCUAUUCACACCCUCUUCUGUAAAGGGUCUGGAGAACUCAUGGGAAAGACAUCAAAAAGUGGCCGAGUACUUCCACGCAGGCCUUGAGAGCAUGGGCCUGAAACUUUUUGUCAACGACAGGGUGAGCUUCAAAUAUCAACAUGAUCAUGAAACUUGACAAAAUAACGUUGUUGUCGUUGAAUUAACAUCAUGCAAGAAACCAAUGUAGUGUCUAUAAUGGCUGUUUAAGAACGCAAGACUACCCACGGUUACCACGAUUGUUGCCCCUCAUGGAUAUGACUGGAAAGAGAUCACCACGUACAUAAUGAAAACACACAAUUUAGAGAUUUCUGGAGGACUUGGACCAUCGGUUGGCCUGGUGAGACUCUUUGUUGCUUUAAACAAAAUUCUUUAUUUGUAAAAAUAUAUAUAUUUUAUGAUUUAUUUAUUUAUUUAUUGGUUAUUUCAGGUGCUUCGUGUGGGACUGAUGGGAUGUAACAGCAGCAUGCCAAAGGUGGACAUGGUGUUGGCAGCUCUGAGGGAUGCUCUGAAACACUGCCAUAAGAGCAAAGUGUGACAUGUGCCCUGCUAUGAAAGGCUAUUCUGAGUCAAUGUUGCUGCGAAAAGAAGGCACUGUGUGUUAUAAUGAAAACAUGAUCAGCUCAUGCACUUGUUCAAUCAGCCAUUUUUGCUAAUGUAUGUUAGAGCAGGAGGUGUGAAAUGAUGAUAAGCAUUGCACUACCAAACUAAAGAGUUUAGAAAACAUAGGAUUGUGAACCCUGUUUAUGUCACAGAGGACUGAGCUGUGGUUAGAAAUAGACUAGAAAAAUUUCCGUGCAAAUGCUACAGCUGAAGUACAGUAGUUCAUCACUGCAGAGUCAAAUCGAACAUACACUAAGCUUGACAAGGACAGACAGUAUAUCAAUGGAUUUUAUCUACUCUGCUACCCCAUGAUAUUAUAUCCCUAAAGUUGCAAAAUCACACACAUAAGGAAUAGAGAAUUUCCCAGUUUGGGAUCAAUACAGUAUAUCCAUCUAUCUACAUAACAACAGGCUUAACUUGCCCCUUUUAGGAAAUGGCAGCACGGUAUAUUGUGUUCAUCAUUUUGUUUUGUAUGUUUCUCGAAAAAUAUCCUGUUUAUUGGGAAAAUAAACUUUGUUAGGUUGAAAUUGAUUUAAAAAAAAUUAAUCUGUUAUGAUGAGCAAACUCAUAACUAACAUUUUUCAGCAUUUUCCUCUUGGAAUAGUAAGAAAAGUAAAUGAAAAGCUCAUAUUAACUGCAAUAUGAGUGCAUUUCUGCUCAGGAUUUCUGUGAUAUAAACUUGGCUUUAAGACCCAAAAAAAAUGCCAUUAAAUAAGUUUAAAACUGUUACUUAAAUAUUAGCUCAUCAACACAACUCAGAACACUUUAGGCCUACUGAAUCAAAACAAAUACUGCUUUUACAGUUUUCCUGAUUUUAACUCAUACAAAAUACACAAAAUACAUGCAUUGUAUGUAAGUUGUGACUUCUGACCCCCCCAACGCACGCACACACGCAAGCGUACACACACACACACACACACACACACACACACACACACACACACACACACACACACACACACACACACACACACACACACACACACACACACACACACAUAAGUACUUGGCUAUCAAUCAAAUAUCUUUAAUCCCUUUAAUGUUGCAUCACCUCCUGCAAUGGCAGUCAGUAAGGGGUCACACUGUGAAGGGAAAUGUUGUGUUUCACAAAUUCUCUCCUCUGGCAGUAUAUGAUUUCAGUUAGGUAACUUUAAGAUUAUUACAUAAGAGAAAAACAAAUUUGAUUGAAGUUAAAGAUUUUCAAAAAUGUCUUUUCAAAGUAAUGUCCAUGUUAUAAGUGUAUUGAAAUAAACAAUGCCUUUUAUCAAAC